CCUGUCCAAGAUGGCUCUGCUUGACGUGGCAGCCGACGCGGUCGCCUACUGCGCCGAGACGCGCCUGCGCAUCGGCCUCGUCUGUCUCUAUGAGGUCGUCGUCACCGUCGCCAUCAACGUGAUCGGGCAGGUCUACGUCGACGGCGCCGCGACGGCCCACGGCCGCAUUGCCGACCUUCCGCUGCCCGACGUCCGCUUUGGCUACACGCCGGUCGAGCUCCACGAUCUGUACGCGUCCAUGGGUCCGGUGGCGCGGCGCAACUACAUUCUCUUUGAGCUCUUUGACAUUUUUCCGUACAUGCCAGCCUACGUCCUCCUGCUCUCGACGCUCAUCACUGCGGGCUACAUGCGGCUGCGUCGCCCCGUCUCGCUGCUCGCGUACCUCCCGUUCCUCUCGGUGAUCGCCGACCUCAUUGAGAACUCUGCGCAUAUCUUUACAGCGCACGCCUUCAUGCCGCAGCAGAGCCUGCGCGAUAUGAAUUGGCUCCUCGCCGCCUACACGGGCGCGGCCGCGAACGAGCUCAAGUGGGUCACGCUCGUCGCGUCGGUCGGCGUCUUGCUCGUCACGUGGCUGCGCGUGUUGUUGUUGGCGCCACCGUCGCACCUCAAGGCCAACUAGUAGAAGUUCCUAUGCCUGCUUAUAGUAGUUACAAGGGUC